AUGGAGCCCGGUGGUGGUAGAAGGUGGCAGCCACCACCUCACGACAGUGCAGCAAAACCCCACUCGAUCGUCGGUCUUGGCGGUCAUCUUGGCGAACACGUUGUUUUCGGUAACGGGGCUGCGACGACGGCAACCCCCUGUGAAGCAGCAAUGAUUGAAUUCUUUCCAAAGGCGGCGGUGGCUAGGGACCCUUGCUUCGACUUGGUCUCCAACAGAUCUCUCAGUCAAGAGGAUGGGGCACGACUAUUGGCUUCAGUGGUUCACGGUCUCAACAAUGGCGGUGCGUUGCCGGAAAAUGAAGAAGGAGAUGAAUGA